UCGAAGCGUUCCAUUCGCCUGCUUUGCUUCUUCAUUUCUCGGCUAAAGCAAAUGCACACAAACAGCUAGUGGCAUGUUCCAUUUCGGCUUUCCUUUGGGAAUCCUAAUGGUUCGCCCUGGCCAAAUCCGCCCUCGGUCGAAAGCAGCCGCGAGCGAAAAGGGCUUUGUUUUCUUUCGUUUCCUCUCUGUUCCAAGUUCCAACUCGUCCGGCAGGCUCUUGACGUAAAGCAGUUCAUCUGUCUGGGUUCACUCUGGAGGAGGGGAAGAAAAUCGGGUGUCGGGCGUGGUUGGAGCUUUUGAAGGCACAAGACUCGCAGUCCUUGUGAACGAUGUAUUUUGCCAUUGUAAGACGAACACCGCUGAGCCCACCAGGCCUACGCCUCUGAUUCGUUCCACGACGUUUGAUUCAGAUGUGUUUAGCUGAGGACUUCGUGUAAGAACUCGUAUCUGAGGGUGGAUAAUAUGAGCGUUUCGUCGCUGGAACCUUGAAUAACUUUGCAACUUUGCAGCUUUUGGACCAUGAAUGCACUUUGGGUGACAUGCCAAAGUCAACCAAUCUUCCAAAUUCGGGUGAAGAUGAAUUCCGUUCUGAACUUCCGCAGAUAACAGGAUUUUCCUUUUUUCCGGGAGAACGAUGGAAGAAUAAUGGAGUAAAUUACGGGAAUUUUCUCUUCCCGAAGACAACCCAGAGCAGUCAAGACUUCAGCUUCUGAAUGGACAACACCGUAGCUCUACGUAGAGUAGAGUCGGUAGACAGCACUGGAAGAUGAAGAAUUGAGGACUGGCUCAGAUUUGCAUCAGCCGUUCCUUGACAGGACGACCAUUGCGAAAGGGCAAUAAAUAAAGCCUCCGUCCUUUCAAUUCAGCUUCGUCAGCCUGUGAAAAAAAGACUUGAAACAUGGCAGCUUCCAUGAGCUCUUCCGGAACUCAUUUGACUCUCAAAGAAGAGGAUGUCAUCAAACUAGCGAGCGAGUUUCUGCAGAAUAGACUUCUGCACAUCUCCCAAGUGAUGCUAGAACGAGAAUCAGGAGUGAUCAAUGGGAAUUACUCUGAUGACACUCUGUUUCUCAGACAACUAAUACUGGAUGGACAGUGGGAUGACAUCAUGGAGUUUAUUCAACCCUUGGCCUCCUUGCCUUCGUUUGACUUUAAACUGUUCCAGUUCCUCAUUCUCAAAGCCAAAUUUGUUGAACUGCUCUGCAUCAAAAGUGAAGCUCCCGACGUUCCACACGAGAAUGCAGUGAAUACAGUUGUGGACGUACUCAAAGAGAUCGAACAAGUGGCCCCAUCCAAAGAGCAUUAUUCUAAUCUGUGUCUCCUACUCACCAUGAAUAAGCUCUCGGAUCAUGCUGAAUACAAGAACUGGAACCCAACCAAAGGACGGAUCAAUUGCUUCAAGGCCGUCCUACCACUGAUAGUCGAUCUUCUGGGCGGGGAAAAAGACAAGCAAAAGCGUGUAUUGGGUGAGGAAUCUUGCGUGGCCACAAAUGAUCGGUUACUUCAGCUCAUCAUUAAGGGCAUCUUGUAUGAAUCUUGCGUGGACUAUUGCCAACAAAAGGCCACGGGUGCCAAACAAUCCAACUCCAUCGACUUCACCAACAUUCUAAGUCAAUCCGAUUUCAACGACUCAGAUCUCAGCUUGCUUUCAUGGCUUCAAAGCAUCCCUCCAGACACGUUUGCUUGUCCUUUUGAGCAAAAGAGUUUGAACGUGGACGUGGAGCGAAUCAAAGCGCCAACCUUGGAAACCAAAUGGACAGAGUACAUGCUCAUUACGCCCAUUAAACCAAACAUUUUCCCUCAUUCAGCCAUGCCUAGUUCCAGACCGAAAGGGGCAGAUGUCAUGACGAAAUCACUCAGUGUGUCAAUCAUGCGGCCAAAUGGCGAGAAUGGGGUGACAGACAUGACGAAAAGCUUAGCCGGAUUUCACUUGAACAGCAAGAAAAUGAUGGAUUCGUCCGUUGACCAUCUCUUCAAGGAUGGGGAGAGCAAUCGCUCCGUUUCGAAACCCAAGCCACCUCCCCCUCCCCCACCGCCAGUGCCGUCAAAGCCAAAAAUGAUACCUCCAGACGGUCAUCACACCCCUCAGCUGAUAUCCUCCCACGAGCCAACCAUGUCACAAGCGCCCAGUCAAAUGAAAGUGGCCAUGGGCAAAAAGCAACUCGUCGGAGGCCCACCGCGUUUCUUACCCGCCAGCUCUUUGGAGGACGUGCAAGCGAUUCGUUGCGCCGAGUUCCAUCCGGGUGGGCGCGUGUUUGCCGUAGGUUCCAAUUCGAAGAUACUCCGGCUUUGUCAGUAUCCUGAUAUGAGUAAUAUUUUAGAAGACCAUGAAACAACGGAAAUUACUGUCUUGAGCAAGAGACCCAAGCACCAUAAGGGUUCCAUAUAUUGUUUGGCUUGGAACAGCACCGGAGAGCUAAUUGCCACGGGUUCCAAUGACAAAACGGUGAAGGUGGUUCGCUUCAACAACGACAAUCGGUCCAUGGAACCCCAAGCCACAGGGGAAAUCGAAUUGAAUAUGCACGAUGGAACAGUCAGAGAUGUUAUUUUCAUGUUGGAUCAUCCAGCCACUCUGAUAUCCGGAGGUGCCGGCGAUUGCAAAAUUCAAAUCACGGAUUGCAACACGGGCCAGAAUAUCCACUCCAUGAUGGGGCAUAGUGGUCACGUGCUCUCUCUUUGCACCUGGGGUGGCCCCCUGUUUGCGUCUGGCUCUCAAGACAAAACAGUCCGCUUUUGGGAUCUGCGAACCCAUGGAUGUAUCAAUAUGGUGCAAUUUCAUGGAGGGGUUGGAGGCCCGCCAUUGGGUUCACCGGUGGCGGCUUGUUCAGUGGAUCCAUCUGGUCGCCUUUUAGUCACAGGUCAUGAAGAUGCCACUUGCUGCCUCUACGAUGUAAGGGGCGGACGUUCAGUCCAAGCUUUUAAUCCUCACAACCAAGACAUUCGGUCGGUGAGGUUCUCACCCAAUGCCUAUUAUCUUCUCACGGGUGGCUAUGACAACCGGCUAAUCCUCACUGACCUUCAAGGAGAUCUGAGUCAGCCUUUGCCCAGUGUGGUGGUGGCACAACAUCAAGACAAGGUGAUCUCCGGUAGAUGGCAUCCGACGGACUUCUCCUUUCUAAGCACGAGUGCUGAUAAGACGUGCACUUUAUGGGGAUUACCUCCCAUUUAAAAGUAGCGACUCCAUUAACAUCAAGUAUCAUGUUCCCAAUCUAAUCAAUUGAUGGCAUCAGUUCCAAAAUUGGAAGGCCUUGUGCCCCACGACUCAUGUGAUAUGUCUGACAUGUCGUCAGAUUCUAGAAGUCAGAAAUGACGUAGUAAUCUUGUCCUACAUAAUCCUAAUCCACUACCAACGACUUCUCUAAAUCUUCUUCCUUUAUGCUUCACGUAGAAAUCCCUGGUUAUUUUUUUUUCAUCAAACUGGAAAUCGGAACUUCCAGGAACUAACAACAAAGAUCAGAGGGGAAAUUUGAUCCAGAAAUAUUUGACGACGAUCAACCCCGUCUUAAAUAUAACAAAUGUAGGAUUCAUUUCAUUUGUUAGUCGCCUUUCAAAUCUAUUUUUGUGCUAACCUGCACUUGCACCAUUGAGAGCUUGGUUGAAUAAAGAAACUCAAUUUCA